GCAGGUCCGGUGCGUCGAGGCUACCUUCCCUCCCGCAGCCUUUGCGUUCGCUAAGCUGGAGUCGCCGAGCCUGCGGGGCCGAGGCUGGAGCUUCCGGGGCGGCAGCGAACAGACUCGGCUGUGCGGGCCGGGGAGGCCUAGCGGGAGCUCGGCGCGGAGGCCGACAGGGGCAGCGGGGCCGCCUGCUCGCAGGUCAGUCAGCACUGUCUACAGUUUCCCAAGAGGAGCAGAACAUGAGCAGAUCAAAGGGCCCACUGUCAUUCAAGGAUGUGGCUGUGGCCUUCUCCCAGGAGGAGUGGCAGCAGCUGGACCCCGAGGAGAGGACGACAUACAGGGACGUGAUGCUGGAGACCUACAGCAACCUCGUCUCCGUGGGGUAUGACGUCACCAAGCCAAACAUGAUUAUUAAGUUGGAGCAGGGAGAAGAACCCUGGACAGUGGAAGGUGACCGCCAUGUUCAGAGGCAUUUGGAAAUCAGGAAAGUUUAUGACCCCAGAGAAGGAACCGAGGAAAAUGACGAGAAGCAUCUGCAGUGCAUUGAUGGCCCCCACUGCUGGAGAGCUGAGCAGGGGGCCGCCUCUGAUGAAGCCUGCACCCUCGGACCAGCCCUCGCUUCCCCCAGCUCAGGUGCUCACAGCUGUGUCUCCUGCGGGGAGACCCUGGAGUCUGUUUCAGAACUGAUUAGCAGUGACGGAAGCUACGCCCUGGAGAAGCCCGGCGGCAUGUGUUUUGAGUGUGGGAAAGCAUAUGGAGAAAACCUUGAAGACUUGCACCAAGAUGAGGGUAACUCCUCACAACACGAUGAAAAUAUUUUGCAGAAAGUCAGCAUUUUGGAGAAACCCUUUGCUUAUGAGUGCAUGGAAGCCUUAGACAGUGAAAGUGUUUUCAUGGCUCAUGAGAGAGCUUCUAUGGGGGAGAAGCCCUAUGACUGGGAUGAUUCUGGACCAGACUUCAUCCAGAUAUCGGACUUCAGUCCAUAUCCGAGAUCACAAAUGGAACUGAAGCCCUUCGAAUGUCCACAGUGUGGGAAGUGCUUCUGUAAGAAGUCCAAGUUCAUCAUCCAUCAGAGAGCUCACACAGGAGAGAAACCAUAUGCUUGUAGUGUGUGUGGCAAGUCCUUUAGUCAAAAGGGAACCCUCACUGUACAUCGGAGGUCACACUUAGAGGAGAAGCCCUAUAAGUGUACCGAGUGUGGAAAAACCUUCUGUCAGAAGUUACACCUCACACAGCACCAGAGAACUCACUCAGGAGAGAAGCCCUAUGAAUGUAGCGAGUGCGGGAAGACCUUCUGCCAGAAGACACACCUCACUCUGCACCAGAGGAACCACUCGGGGGAGAGGCCCUACCCAUGUAACGAAUGCGGGAAAUCCUUCUCCCGCAAGUCUGCCCUCAACGACCAUCAGAGGACACACACAGGAGAGAAGCUCUAUACGUGUAAUGAGUGUGGGAAAUCCUACUACCGGAAGUCCACCCUCAUUACACACCAGAGAACACACACAGGGGAGAAGCCCUAUCAGUGUAGUGAGUGUGGGAAAUUCUUCUCUCGGGUGUCGUACCUCACCAUACACUAUCGGAGCCAUUUAGAAGAGAAACCUUACGAGUGUACAGAGUGUGGGAAAACCUUCAAUCUAAACUCUGCUUUCAUUAGGCACCGGAAGGUCCAUGCAGAAGAGAGAGUCCAGGAGUGUGGUGAGUGUGGGAAGCCAUCCCCGCUGCAGUGUACCCCUGAUCACACAGGCGACCUAGGAGAGAAGCGCUAUGAGUGUAACGAGUGUGGAAAGAUCUUCCUUGACAACUCGGCCUUCCAUAGGCACCAGUCUGUCCCCGAAGGAGAGAAAACUUACGAGUGUAAUAUAUGUGGGAAGUCCUUCUCCGAUUUGUCAUGCUACACUGUGCAUUACAGAGGUCAUUCCGAAGAGAAACCCUUCGGGUGCAGCGAAUGUGGGAAAACCUUCUCGCAUAACUCGUCCCUCUUUAGACAUCAAAGGGUACACACGGGCGAGAAGCCAUACCAGUGUUCCGAAUGUGGAAAGUUCUUCUCUCAGAAGUCGUACCUCACUAUCCAUCAUCGGAUCCAUUCAGGAGAGAAGCCCUACGAGUGUAGCAAGUGUGGGAAAGUGUUCUCUCGGAUGUCAAACCUCACAGUGCACUACCGAAGCCAUUCAGGAGAGAAGCCGUACGAGUGCAACGAGUGUGGGAAAGUCUUCUCCCAGAAGUCGUACCUCACUGUGCAUCACCGGACUCAUUCAGGAGAGAAACCUUAUGAAUGUAACGAAUGUGGGAAAAAAUUCCACCACAGAUCAGCCUUCAAUAGCCACCAGAGAAUUCAUAAAAGAGGCGCUGGAAGUGUGCUCGCUGUGGAAAAUCUCUGACUCACUCUGUAGACCAGGCUGGCCUCCAACUCAGAAAUCCGCCUGCCUCUGCCUCCCAUGUGCUGGGAGUAAAGGCGUGGCCACCACUGCCCGGUGACAUCUCAAUUUUUAAGAAAAGCAUUUGGUUAUAGUGAACAUUGGAGUCCAGUAGGUAGUCAAGGGCGGAUCCCCCCCCCCCCAAGUUUUCAAUAUAUGUGGUGCUGAGAUUCUGGGCCUUUUGCAUGCUCUAGGCAUUCUGCACUGAGCGAUUCAUGAGUUGAGCAUCCACGCACUUGAGUGCGAAGUCCUAAAACGAAGUCCAUUUUAACAUGAGUUUUCAGAGAGGAAUCUGUAAAGAUUCGGCAAGAAGCAAACCAUGACCAUAUAAUUUAUGGGGCACUAGAUCAUCUUUACAGGAGUGAACCUUUGGAAGUAUUUAAUAUUUAUUUUUAUUUAAAUCGUAUUUACCUAUCAGGGAGUUUUGCUGCAAGCUGUCAGCUCCUGAGUGUAACUCACCUUGGAAAUGCACGCUAAAAGCCAUAUUUCUGAUGUUACAACGGGUGUUUAUGGAAAAGAUGCAAGAAGCUAUGAGUUCCGAAUAAACCUAUAAAAUGAAGUUAUAAAGCCAACAGUUGACCAUGAGGGUGACUGAAAACGUGGCACUUCUGCUGUUCUAGAAAUGCAAUUGAACAGUGACUCUAUGCAAUGUUUUGCAAUCUCGGCUUUGAAUAAUUUGUGAGAACAUGAUAUCAAGGAUUAAAAUGACUGUUACAGUGGGUAUAUGGGUAGGAUGUGCUAUCUGAUAGGAAAGUACAAAGCUUUCUAUGUCGGUGCUUACCAGUACAGUGGUUUUUGUAAAAUAUUUUCAACUGGAAU